AUGCGAGAUUCCCCCGACGAAAAUUUGAAUACCCGUUCUACUGCAAGCACAUUAAUUCCCCUAAUGUGCGAUCACACAUUCUUGUGUUUCUUGGAGUUAUGGAACUUGAUUUUGGCGCAAGUUGACUCUGUUCAAACUUAUUUACAAACCAAAGGAGUUACACUUGACAUGAGUUUGAAAAAAAUUGGAACUUUGCUACUUUUUCUGACUGAAGAGAGAAACGACAUCGUCAACAAAGCAAUCAACUUUGGAGUAGAAAAGUGUCAGGAACUGGGCAUCGAGAUGGGAAAUCAAAAAAGACGUAGAAGGAGAAAACUUUUACCGGGUGAGUCAGCAACGGACUCAAAUUUGACUGAGCUUGAAGAACUUCGCAGAUCAAUGUUCGAGUGCUUGGAUCGUUUUGUUGAGGAACUUCAAAAAAGAACCAGCGGAAUGAAGAAAAUUUUGGACACUUUUCAAGUGAUUCAAUCAAAGUUUCUUAUGAAUGCCCCGGACGAAGAAAUAUUACCAGCUGCACAGAAACUCAACCUUGUUUAUGACGAUUUUGACGGAGAACAAGUUUUCCUAGAGGUGAAAAGAUUACGUCGUCACAUUCGAGCGACUGAAACCAAAAUCGAAGCAGCCACUUCUUGGACGACAAAGGAAAUGCUUCAGUUUAUAACUACGUGGGACUUCAAUGAAUCUGUGCCAAAUCUUUGUCUCAUUUUGCAGUAUUUCCUUACGAUAUGUGUGUCAGUUGCUUCUUGUGAAAGAAGUUUUUCGAAAUUAAAAUUAAUCAAAAAUUACUUGAGGUCAACAAUGAGCGAACAAAGGUUAAACAGUCUUGCUAUUUUAUCGAUUGAAAAAAAAAGUGCAUCAACAUUGGAUUUCGAUGUAGUAAUCGACACAUUCGCUUCACUUAAAGCAAGAAAGCACAAUUUAAAAAUAUAA